UACAAGCUUCGCGGAAGCGCCCACUCCAUGACUCGACACACGAGUAUAAGUUAAAAUAUUUAAUGUAAACGACGCAUAGAUUAAAUUACAGUGAAGUGACAAUUUUAUUAAUGUCAGUAUAAACUCGUCUCGGUGAAGCUAAUCAUGCUAGCUUAGCUUGCUAGCUGCUCAACAAAGAGACCCGGAAGUUAUCAAGAAAUUGCUAAGGAAGUGUUCGUGUAAAGUGUAGUGAUUGUGUGAAAAUGUGUAAAAUACAAAUGCUGAGAGCGUUGGUCAAUCAGCGGUUAACUGCGGCUGUUGAAGAAAUAUUUGGAGUAUUAGAAAGAACGAUAGCAGAGUACGAGGAGGAACUUUGUCGAACAAAAGAGGAGAACCAGCGCCAACGUCAACUACUGGACGUUGCUUUAAAGAAGCCCCAGGUUGUGUUACACAGAGCAGACAUCAGUGAAGAACAUGUUCCUCCUGAGCAGCAGGAGUGGAAGCCCAGGAUGGAGCAAGAAGAGUCACAGCCAUCCAACAUUAAAGAGGAAAAAGAGGAGCCACAGCCCCCCCACAUUAAAGAGGAAGAGGAGGAUCACAGCAUCAGUCAGGAGGGAGAGCAUCUUCAAGGACAGGAGGAGUUCCCAGUGAUUGUUGUCCCUGUGAAGAGUGAAGAUGAUGAAGACCAAGAUCAAAGUGAGGAGGAGAGAGAGGUGGAGCCUCCUAGCAGCAGCUCCACUCGUCACAUGACAACAGAAGCUGAUGGAGACCACUGUGGAGGAUCACAAGCAGACAACCUCUUAGCUCCACUAUCAGAUAGCGACGACAUAACGUCACACUCUCCUGACACUGAUGAUGAAGACUCUGAAGCUGAUAUGACAUGUCACACUGACAACACACGCUGGAAAUGCUCUCAAUGUGACAAAACAUUUGUUAACAAGGGAAAUCUCAAAAUGCACAUGAGAUAUCACACAGGAGAGAAACCUUUCACCUGCUCAAUUUGUGGAAAAAGAUUCUCUCAGCAGUCAAAUUUAAAAGUUCAUACAAGAAGACACACUGGAGAGAAAGCUUUUGCUUGCACGGUGUGCGGUAAAAGUUUUUCUCAAACAAGUGAUUUGAAACGACACACAAGAAUACACACUGGAGAGAAACUAUUUCCUUGCACAGUGUGUGGGAAAAGAUUUUUUGAGCGGUCACAUUUGAAAGUGCAUACAAGAAAACACACUGGAGAGAAACCUUUUCCUUGCACAGUGUGCGGGAAAAGAUUCAAUCGCAAAUGUCAUUUAACGAGCCACACAAGAAGACACACUGGAGAGAAACCAUUUCCUUGCACGGUGUGUGGGAAAAGAUUUUUUGAGCAAACGCAUUUGAAAGUGCAUACAAGGAAGCACACUGGAGAGAAACCUUUUCUUUGCACGGUGUGUGGCAAAAGAUUCGAUGCUCAGAGUAGUUUAAAUAGACACACAAAAAUACACACUGGAGAGAAACCUUUUCCCUGUGCAGUGUGCGGUGCAAGAUUUGCUCGGAACUCACAUUUGAAAGCACACACAAGAACACACACUAGAGAAAUUGUUCAGUCUGUGGUCAGCGAGUCACAAAUAGUCCAAACUUGACUGAACACAAGGAAUCCACACUGGGGAGGAACUUAAACACUCGAAAGAGCGGUAACUAAGAAUUAGCAAGACAGUAUUACUGUUAAAAGACUACAAAAGAACUUUAAACUGUUGUUCAAUAUGUUUGCAAUGAUUAUUUCAUAUAUGUAUGAACACACUUUUUACACACAAUUGUACAUUUGACUCUUAGGGUUUUAAUUUCGUGGCAGAGUGUGGCGCACCCCACACAGUGGAAAUUUCAUCCAGCGCACCACUGUAAUAAACUGGACUGCCCCAAGAUGGGCGUGGUGGCGCACCAGUAGAGGUGUCCACAUUUUCAGCUUGGCACAGUGACAAUUUUGUGACAUAACAAUGUGCCGAAGUUGCGCUGAAAGCUCAGCAGCUCUGACCUGGUCUAUUUUGGGCGCAGGCGAAGCGCACCCUGCGCACUGGUAAAUUGACUGACGGGCGCACAGUGUACACACUGAACCAGAAACCACUAUUUAAUGUAAUGGUCUGAAGCAGCAUGUACAUUUGUGUAUUAAUUGUCCCAUCACAUCGGAUGUCAGGUCAAAGACGUCAUGCAUAAUGGGAAAGUAUGAUGCUAACCGGGCCGGGGCCCGGCUGUACGGAAGCGCCCCCUAAAUAAAUGGCUUGCCUACUUCCAGACUUCAACAACCAAACAAUGUUAUAUUAAUCUUCGUUUUGCGGUGCCUUUGCUCAUUUGCAUACUAACAGUGAUUGGAUGUUGACUGAGGAGUCCACCUUUAAAGGCAAUGACAGGCGUUCAUUUGAUUUGUUAAUAUUACACCCGGCUAUGUUAAACCCUCUCGUGCCUCUCUCCUCCCUCAAUGGCACUUGCGGCAGUGGAAGGGACGGCGGUGUGGGUGCGCUGGACUGCGCUGCUCGCGAAAAUUGCAAAGUGCUCUGACCACACCCCAUUGGCGCCUGCUCUAUGAAAUUAGAGCCCUUAGUCAUUUGCAUGGGUUUGAUCCCUGGCCAGGGUUGCGUCAGGAUGGACAUCCGGUAUAAAAAUCUCAGUGCUCAGAAAAAGUGUGUUAAGUUUCAUGGUUUUCUGAAUAAAUUUAUCAAAAUAUGAAGUUGUUUUCAUCUA